AUGAUUCUCUUUGGCUCUUUUUAUGUGCAACUGUGUGAGUGCAGAAGUUUUCGUAGUAGUAAAGGGGAGUUUAAUUUUUUCGUUUUAGCUAACAAAAGAAAGGCUAAUUUUAUAAACAUACUUUUUAAAAAUGGUUUAUCAAAAAGAAAGGAAAAAAUAGAUGUAAAACCAAAUGGAGAUGAUGACAUAAUAGAGGAAGAUGAUAUACAUACACUGUUAAAUAAUGAAAUAAAAAAUGUAGGGAAGAAGAUCACUCAAGAUGAUACGUUAAACAUACCUUCAUACGGUUUAAUUGAAGAUAACAAAAUUUAUGAUAACUAUGAAUAUCAAACUAGUAUAAUAGUAUUUUUAGAAAAUUAUAAAAAAAAAAAUAUAAAUAAUCUUAGAAGUCGGGUUAUGGAACAAAUAAAGGAAAACUGUUCUAAGGUAAUAGAAUCGUUACACCUUUCCUCAAAUGGUAUCUUAAAUAUAAAGAUAAAGGAUGAUUAUAUAGUUGACAGCUUUGUGCGCUUUUGCGAGUUGUAUGACAUAACGAAGAUGGACAAAGUGGGCAAUAUGGGGGAAAAAGAGAAAAAAGCAGAACAAGACGGAGGAGAGCGAGAUAAACAAGCAAAUGGUGGGAUAAAAAAAGGUGUUGUUUUACUAGAUUUCUGCAGUGUCAAUAUGGCAAAGCACAUGCAUUUGGGUCAUUUAAAAUCGUUAUUCUUAGGAUAUGCGUUAAGUAAUGUUUUUCAUUUUUUUAAUUUUCCUGUUAAGAAUAGAAGUCAUAUAGGAGACUGGAAUAUGAACCUAGCAGUGGUUAUAACUUUUUUGAUUUUAUUUUCAAAUGAAAGAGAUAAUUUCCUUUCAUCUAGUCUGACUUUAAAUGAACGUACAAGUGUGUUUCACAAAUGGGAGAAGGGAACCACCAGUUGCAGCAAUGCAUCGUCUCCCCCCAUAUUAAACAAAAAAAUUGGCGAUAACGAAAAUAAUGAAAAUACGCUUGAUAAUAAUAACAGUAGUGAUAAUCAGUAUAAUCGGAAUAAUCAAAAUGAUAGAAAAAGUGGGCAUCUAUGUAGGUCUGCGUUUGAUUUAGAAGAAAGAGACCUAAAACAGCGGACUGCUAUGGUAGACCUUGAGUGGUACAUGCACCUAUUAAACAAUAUAAAAGAAGAACAAUUUCUUGAGAAUUACCAAAAAUUUGAUGUAGAAAAAUAUGUUGAUAUAAAUUUGCAUAAUAUUGAAUACAUCUAUAAAAUAGGUAAAAAUCUUUAUUCCACCUCAGAUAUAUUUCAAAAAUGUAGUAAGCUCAGCUUAUCAAUGAUGUAUCAAAAAAAUGAAAAGAUUCUGACCCUGUGGAAUAUUAUAUGCAAUAACACGAAGAAGGAAAACAAUGAAAUAUUCAGAAAAUUCAGGAUCAAAAAGUUAACAGACAAGGGUGAGCAUUUUUACGUGAAAUAUGUGCCACAAAUUUUACAAAAAAUGAAAGAUGCAAAUAUUCUUUUUAAGUUCGGGGAAAAACUUUGUGUUCUUUUAAAAGGAAGGGAAAUACGGGCAUUUCAGAAAAAGGGAAGAAUUGAUGGUAUUAGCAGUGGUAUUAACGGCGAUAUUAUCAGCGAUAUUAACAUGGGUAUUAACAUGGAUACUAACAGCGGUGGUGGUGGCGUAUGCAAGCGAAAGGGAGAACACAUUUUGAGCAGCACAGAGCAGCACUAUGACAUAACCCAAGUAAGGAGCGAAAUAUAUGAGAGCAUAAGAAAAAAUGGAAUUAAUGCUUUAAAAAAAGAUUUUACCAUACUAACUCUACAAAAUGAUGUAGCAUAUACUUAUGCAGCUAUUGAUAUAGCUGCCAUAUACUACAGAAUAAAAUAUGAAAAAGCAAAAAAAAUUAUUUAUGUAGUUGAUGAAAAUCAAAAAAAACAUUUUAUGCAAGUCUUUUCAAUAGCGAAUUAUUUAAAUAUUCUUAAUAAAAAUGCAGAAUGUGUAUGCCUUAAUUAUGGUUUUGUGUUAAAUGAGAAAAACAAAAAAAUUAAAACAAAGGAUCUUUCAGAUAAUAUAUUCGUUAAAGAUAUAUUAAAUAAAAAAAAUUAUAAACUUAUUAAUUCAAAUGUACGGGGAAAAAAUGAGUACGCGAAAUUAAAGAAAAUAUACACAUCCAAAGAUUAUGAAAAGUUAUUAGUAUCAUCCAUAAUUUAUUCUUAUAUUAGUGUUAAGAAUAACAAAAGGCAAUUAGUAAAUACCAUAAUGAAGGAUUUCCACUCAGAAUACAUUCAUAUUAUUAAUACUUACAGCGAAAUAUCGUUAUCCUUAGGGAAAUUAAAAAAGUGCGACUACUCUUCUAUAUUUAAAAAGGAAACAAAAAUUAAUAUAGAAAAUAAUUUAAAAAAAUUAAUACUAAAUAUUAUUCGCUUUAAAUAUGUAGCACAAGAAGUAAUUCAUAAUUAUAAUGUUGAAAAAUUGUGUUCCUUUUUAUUUAAUUUAUCACAAAAAAUUCGGUUGUUAUGUCGAAAUGGUUUUGUGAAGAAACUACAUUUCGAUUUAGAAAAACUAAAUAUAAAUAAAUUUUUACAAAUAAUAGAUCAUGCAAAAAGAGAAAAAAAUAUGAAUGGUUAUAUAGACACAAUGUCUAAUGACAAAAAUAAAUUAGAGGAAAAAGAAAAAAGGGAAUUAAAUAAUAUGAGUAAUAUUACAAACUUUGAUUUAUUUCAACAUUACAUAAAAAAUUGUGAUUUUCUUAAUACGAAUAAUAUAAACAAGAAAUAUUCGCUGGAAGAAUUAGAAAAAAUUAAAACUUUUUUUUUCAAUUUAAUUUUUGAAGUUGUUAUUAUGCAGUCGUAUUUAUUUGUAGUAUACAAAAUAUUUAGCAUUUUAAACCUUCAUUUAGUGAAAUUUUAUUGA